AUGAAUGAAGCCAUGAAGAGUUCUGGACUGAUGCUCAGCUGCUUCCUGCUCUGGAUGUCUCUGCAGCCAGAUUCCCGUAAUCAUGUGUCAGCAGUCAACCUGCGGCGUUUCAUUGGUUGUGCAGUUCGGGAGUUUACUUUCCUGGCCAGGAAGCCCGGAUGCGGCAGCCUGCACAUUACCACCGAUGCCUGCUGGGGGCGCUGUGAGACCUGGGAGGAGUUCUGGACUGAUGCUCAGCUGCUUCCUGCUCUGGAUGUCUCUGCAGCCAGAUUCCCGUAAUCAUGUGUCAGCAGUCAACCUGCGGCGUUUCAUUGGUUGUGCAGUUCGGGAGUUUACUUUCCUGGCCAGGAAGCCCGGAUGCGGCAGCCUGC